AUGGUCUACUCUCCCUGGACAUUUCGAUGCUGUGGAUGUAUUGAUAAUCGGAUAGGCAGCAUGCUUGCAUGCAUAUUAUGGGCUGCGUUUAGCUUUUACCUUGCUAUUUUGGCGUUUAUGGGAAGCAGCCCGUUCUUUUCACAUCUUGACAAAAUCCCGCUGAUCGUGUUUGGUGUCAUCAAUAUCUUCUUUGGCCUUGUGAGUUUGUCGGGUUUUAUUAUUCUAAUCGUCCGAUCUCGGUAUUUUGCACCAAGAAAAUCCCUUGUGUACCUCCUUGUGUUUUCUGCUUCAGCUGUCUUGGUAGACUUGUUUAUAAAUCUUGUCCUGUUCGGUGUUGAUAAAUCUAGCUUUCAAGAAUGGUGUGUCGAGCAAUCUCUCUACAACUUUAAAGUCGAUUUCCAAAAGAGUACCAAUAUAACCACCGUCCCAAUCAAUGCAGACUCGGAUUUUUACAAUUGUAACAGACUCUAUGAAGAUGAGUUCAAAUGGUCUCUGAUGGCCGUAGUAGGAAUCUUUAUCGUCUAUAUUCAUUGGAUUCUCGUAAUUAUGUCUUACAUCCAGAGCUAUCGUGCCUUAUUUUCCGUUGGAUAUCCUAAUGGCUCGAUUGUCCCUGUACCACUUGAGCCUGUACUACCAGCUCCUCCUAUGGUAGAAACCAUGCUUAACAUUCCACCAAAAAGAAAGGAAAUAUUGAACUAUCAGAAUGUCAAACCAGGAUCUCUUAAGAAGAUAAUCGGUCGUUUCCGGCGUGAAAAUAUCCCGUUUGCGCACGAGAGAUGGGACAAAUUAGGACAAGAUGAUUUUACAGGCGAUCACAAACACGAAUCUUUAACGACACUUACAAAUCUUACUUCAAACGCUGACCAUAGCACAGAAUCCUAUCUUGAACAAGAAGGCCAUUCAAUUACACCAAAAUCUUCACGUACCUUUGUCUUGUACUAA